AGCGUCUCAAGACUCGCAGCACUACUGCUGAAGCAAGGCUUGCUGCUGCCAGAGAACAAGCUGAGUCUGCUCAAGAGGAGGCCGCAGAGUGGAGACGGAAGUAUGAUUUUGCUGUUAGAGAAGCUAAGACUGCUCUGGAGAAGGCCGCAAUUGUGCAAGAACGCUCCAGUAAGGAAACACAACUGAGGGAAGAUAUUCUCAGAGAGGAAUUUUCGAGCAUUUUGGCUCAGAAGGAAGAGGAACUAAAAGAGAAGUCUGCAAAAGUCGAGUAUGCUGAACAGUGUUUGACAAGUCUAAAGCUAGAGUUGAAGGCUGCAGAUUCAAAAAUGAGAAGUUAUGAUGCAGAGGUAUCAUCAUUGAAGCUUGAAAUCAAAGAAUUGACUGAUAAGUUGGAAAUUGUUAACGCUAAGUGCCAAUCGUCUGAAGGGAAAGCAAGAAUAUUAGAGCAGGAGAAGAUACAUCUGGAGCAAAGGUACCAGUCAGAAUUCAGAAGAUUUGAUGAAGUACAAGAAAGGUGUAAAAUUGCUGAAAAGGAGGCUAAAAAGGCAACUGAAUUGGCCGAUAGAGCACGAGCUGAGGCUGCCACAGCACAAAAGGAAAGGAGUGAAAUCCAAAGGUUAGCAAUGGAAAGACUGGCUCAAAUUGAGAGGGCUGAAAGGCAAAUUGAGAAGUUGGAGAGACAGAGAGCUGACAUGGAUGAUGAAUUGCACAUAAUACGUUUAUCAGAAAGGGAUGCGCUUUCAAAAGUUUCUUUGCUAGAGGCAAGAGUUGAAGAAAGGGAGAAAGAAUAGAGUCACUGUUAAAACAAACAAUGAACAACGGGCUAGUACUGUAAAGG